AUGGCGGAGGCACUGGAAAUGGAAUCCUCAACGCCCCCAGAUCUGGAAGAACUCGAUCCAUCAUCAACACUGUUAGAUCUCACGAGUUACCAGCUUCACGACCUUGACUCAGUCGAGUUGCCUCCCAAUCUCACCGAGUUAGACCUCACCGCGAAUCGUUUAUCUAACCUAGACCCUCGCAUAGGCCAAUUACCCGAUCUCAAAAAGCUCUCCCUCCGUCAAAACCUAAUCGCCGACGCCGCCGUUGUUCCUCUCUCUUCCUGGAACGCCCUCUCCUCUCUUGAGGAAUUGGUGUUUCGUGAUAAUCAGUUAAAGAAUGUUCCGGAAGUAAGCAUAUUUAAGAGGCUUUUGGUUUUUGAUCUGUCGUUCAACGAAAUUGCGUCGCUACAUGGUGUUUCUAGGAUUUUGGAACUCGGCUCGAAUAAAUUACGGGUGAUGGAGAAUUUGGAGAACCUUGUGAAUUUGCAGGAGCUAUGGCUUGGACGUAAUCGGAUUAAAGUUGUGAAUCUAUGUGGUUUGAAAUGCAUUAAGAAGAUUAGUUUGCAAAGCAAUCGUCUUACUUCGAUGAUUGGAUUUGAGGGUUGCAUAGCUCUAGAAGAACUAUACUUGAGCCACAAUGGUAUCUCAAAAAUGGAAGGCUUGUCAUCUUUAGUCAAUCUCCGGCUUUUAGAUGUAUCAUCAAAUAAGCUAACCUCUGUGGAUGACAUUCAGAACCUGACACAAUUAGAAGAUUUGUGGCUUAAUGACAACAAAAUAGAAUCACUUGAAGGAUUUGCUGAGGCUGUCGCAGGGUCAAGAGAGAAGCUUACCACAAUAUACCUAGAAAAUAACCCUUGUGCCAAGUUACCCAAUUACACCGCCAUCCUCAGGGAAAUCUUCCCCAACGUGCAACAAAUUGAUUCUGAUGUAUUUUCUUAA